AUGACUUCCUCGGACGAUGAGGACGUCAAACGAGCCAUUGCCCUCUCCCUAGGCAAGCCGGACCCCACCACUACGCAGGAUGGAAAUUUCACCUACAUUGAGAGCGAUAAUGAUGAGGAGAUUGGAGGAACAGGUUCAAACCAUGGCAAAGACGCGAGGUCACAAAAAGCUGGUGAAAUAGCACCCGUACAGCCUGCGUCGGCUGGUCUCCAUGGCCUUGAUCGGAAGCAGAUGGAGGAAGAGAGACUAGCUCGGAAACGAAAGGCGUCGCCAACAUUGGCGUGUUCUACAAACAAAAUCCUUAAAAUAUCCCAUAAAUCGCCGCCUGAAACCAUCACCCGACCUCCACCUACAUUGCAAUACCCUCAAGGCGCCGUCAAAAAGACCUGGGCAUACGGUCACGGCCGCGAUGGCAAGGAUAUCAAGCUCGAGGAGGUCCUCCAGAAAACCGAUCUACAGCUUGCAGUCCUUAGCUCCUUUCAGUGGGACACCGAAUGGCUCUUUGGCAAAAUGGAUCUAGCGAAGACCAAAGUUACUCUUGUGAUGCAGGCGAAAGAGCAGAGUGUACGUGAGCAGUAUGGGAGGGAGACGCAAGACGUGAAGAAUUUGAGGCUUUGCUUCCCGAAUAUGGAGGGUCAGAUCAAUUGCAUGCAUUCAAAAUUAAUGCUACUAAGCUAUCCUUCACAUCUGAGAAUCGUGGUGCCUACUGCAAAUUUGGUCCCGUAUGAUUGGGGCGAGGAUGGUACGAUGGAGAACAUGGUCUUUCUUAUUGAUCUGCCGCGGCUUGAAAGUGAUGAGAAGGCGAAAGGAGAGGACCUUUCAUUCUUUGGACAAGAACUGGUGCAUUUUCUUACUGCCAAGGGUGUAGAUCGGCAUAUCGUAGACAGCAUAUGCUCAUUCGACUUCAGUGCUACCAGAGAUUUCGCCUUCGUGCAUACCAUCGGCGGCGCUCACAUUGACAGCGACUGGCAGCGAACAGGUUGGCCAGGAUUGGGGACUGCCGUUUCUAAGCUUAAUUUAGAAACAAAAGAGGCACUAAAAAUCGAUUUCGUUACUUCAUCUGUCGGCUCACUGGAUAUGGACUUUCUUGGAAGGCUCUACAAGGCAUGCCAAGGUGACGAUGGGCUUGCUGGAUACGCGGAAAAGAACCCAAGAGCCAGAUCCUCUCCAUUAGGUCAUUCCGCGUCGGUGACUAAUAUCCAAAACGCUAUCAAUCUCGGCUUUCGCAUCUAUUUCCCAACGCAUGAAACAGUCAAAAGUUCCUAUGCCGGCUUCGCUGGUACUAUUUGUAUGCAAUCCAAGUACUAUGAGAACCCGAAGUUUCCAAAGCAGCUUUUACGAGACGCCAAAAGCCUACGCGAUGGGCUAUUGAUGCACCACAAGAUCCUCUUCGUGAGACCGGAAAACGCGCGUUCUUGGGCAUACAUUGGCUCGGCUAAUUGCUCUGAAAGCGCCUGGGGUAACAAAGUGGUCAAAGACAAGGCUACGAAGGGCCCAAAGAUCAAUUGCAGGAAUUGGGAGUGUGGAGUACUGUUACCUGCGGCGAUGAUCGAAGGUAAAAGUGGUGCUGAUACAGGCUUGGAUAGCUUUAGGGGCAAAAUUCCAGUGCCUAUCCAGUAUCCUGGGGCGGAGUAUAGUGGUAGGAAGCCUUGGUACUCCAUGGAGCAAGGCUGA